AUGCAGGCAGAGAAAAACGCCCCUGAAGACCAGCAGUUCAAGGAAUGGGAAAAUCAUCCUUGCUGUGUCCUACUUCCGUCACCUGAGAAGCUGGAUAUAUCGAUGAACUCACCAGGCUCAGAUGUUACAGAUACUUUAGAGGACUUUCAACGGAUUAAAAACUGGGCAAACGAGAAUAAAUUGCUGAACACGGGGUUUCCUGAUUACCGUGAAAGACAAGACAAACAGCUUGAAAAGUCUAGUUUUAAAAGCCUUGUCCAGCUCGCAUUCAGCACAGCAUUUGUAGCAAUGCGUAACACAAGAAGCCCUGAUCUAGAGGAGUUGGUGUUUUGGUUUUACACAGGUCAUGGGCUUGGCACGGAAACCGCCAAAACACUGGAAUAUUUGUCAACCCCUUGCCUUAGCAAUUUUGAUUUGAAUCAUAAUUAUCUUGAUGAUGCAAUCGUUUUUGAUUUCGUACAGAAAGAGAGGAAAGUACAAGGAGGGGAGCUCUGCCUACACAUGGGUGGCUUUUGUGAUCUUUAUGGCUUGUUGAAGCCAUGGAUUGCAGCUGUGAAGUCAGAGUCAAUAAAUGCCCCAGGUCAAAAGAAAAAUAAGCACCUUGUCGUCAUCCUAGAUAGCUGCCAUUCAGGGAUAAUUGCACAGGAGUUGAAAGAGUUUGAGAGGCAAGUCCGAAAGAAAGAUGAUUCUUUUUUGAAAGAAAAUAGCGUAACCAUUCAAGCUGCUUGUGGUCCUAACGAGCGCACUUUCGGAGGUUAUUUCACUCCUGUCUUUCUCUACCUGAAUGAUCCACAGAAUAAGAAGCUUUUGGAACAGUUGAGGAAAAGUUGGAAACAAAUGACAGAUGAAAAGAAAGAUGAAUACAGAUCGAUUGAACUCCCAUCUCCGAUGGUGGUAACUACGAGGGCUUCGCUUCAUGGCACUGAAGAGCAAGCUCAGCCUCCUCCCGCUCAGGGUGGUACAGUGGACCCUCAGCCUCCCCUCGCUCAGGGUGAUACAGUGGACCCUCAGCCUCCCCCCGCUCAGGGAGGUACAGUGGACCCUCAGCCUUCCUCCGCUCAGGGAGGUACAGUGGAUCCUCAGCCUCCCCCCGCUCAGGGUGAUACAGUGGACCCUCAGCCUCAGAAUGUUACAAUGGAAAUCAAUGUUCAGAAUUUCAAGUUGACACUCUUCCCAGAUGCUGGAUUCUUUAAAUUCUGUUCCCUUAAGGUCUUUCAAUAUCGGCAGGCCAAGGCUUUAGAGCCUUUAGUGAAAGAAAGAGCACUAUACCGUGCCACAGUAGAAGCGUUUAUGAAGUCCAAAAGCUUUAAAGUUCUCGACUACAAGCUCAAGACAUACACUGGAACUGGUCCAGCUGACAAAAACGCUGGAUCUCCGAAAGCCCUGUUCCUGCUGGAUGAUCCCCACAACCCUGGCUUUGCUGUCUGUGCACACGUUCAUUUCAAAGCAGGAAGUACAGAUGUCAAUGACGUUCAAAGAAUCAAUCUCGUGCACCACAAGAGACCACCCGGUAGAUGUAUUGAGUACGUGGAAGAUGGUGGAAAGUUUCGGGUUAAUAUAGACAAAACUGCUGAUGCUGCUCGUGAAUUGGUAAAAGCUUGUCGUCAGUAUGUAGAUACAAAUGAACCAGGCAGGUGGAAUAAUGUCAGCCAAUGGAACAUGACAGGAAGUCAACUUAGUGUCAAUGGACAAUUUAGAUUGAACGAGCGUUCCGCUUGGGAACAAAGCUAUUUGACGUCCAUUAAAAAGUAUAAACUUCCUGAAAAGGUUCCAGCCAACUCCUGGCACCGUUUUCCGCUUUUAUCAUCAUUUUUUGUUUUGUUUGCCAUCUCCUUUCAUUUUUACUUAAACAUGCGUGCUUAA